AUGGAAUCAUUUACCCCUCUAGCCAAGGCCAACACCAGCUUCUCCUUGGCUUUGCUCAAAACGUUGGGUGAUAACGACAAGACUUCAAAUGUCUUCUACUCCCCGUUCAGCAUCUCCUCAGCCCUGGCUAUGGUGAUGCUGGGGGCCAGAGGCAACACGGCCACCCAGAUGUCAGAGGUUCUCUGCUUCACAAAGGCAGAGGAGGCGCAGAAAGCAGGAGGACAGCAGAUGCAGAUGCAACAGCAGGCUCAUUCCAGACUGCCAAACUUUCUGAAGGUGGUCCUGAAAACGCAGGGAUGUCAGGAUGAGCUUCACAGCAGCUUUUCUCAGCUUCUGUCCGAGCUCAACAAGUCAGACGCUCCGUACGCUCUGAGUGUCGCCAACAGGCUGUACGGAGAGCAGUCUUUCCAGUUUGUUGAGGAUUUCCUAGGAAAGACCAGAAAGCACUAUAAUGCAGAGCUGGAGACGGUGGAUUUCAUCAAAAGCUCAGAAGCAGCCAGGGUUAACAUCAACGGCUGGGUGGAGAACCAAACACAAGGUAAAAUUAAGGAUUUACUGCCCAGUGGCGUGUUGGGCAACCUGACCAGGCUGGUGCUGGUCAACGCCAUCUACUUCAAAGGCAGCUGGAGCAAGAAGUUUCAGGAGAGUGCCACACGCGACGCUCAGUUCAGGCUCACCAAGAGUAACUCUAAGCCCGUGAAGAUGAUGAACCAGAAAAGCAAGUUCCCUUUGACCUUCAUCCCUGAAGCCAGCUGCCAG